CUUAACCUAACAUAGCAGGCGUAAAAAGAGCCUCCAAUGAGAUGGCUGGGAUAACAGAGUGCGCGUAGUGUCCAGGAAAUACCUCACGAAUUGGGCAGGGACUUGGCCGGGGAGUGUGUUAUUGGAAAAGCUGACAAGGGGGCUGCCUGGAGUCUGUCAGAGGAGGCCUCAUGCAACUUUUUAAGAGGAGCUCAAUCUCCUUUUAUCUGCCUGACACUCCCUGACUUAGUGAGAGCUCACUGAGAGCCCUGAGAGAGAAAGAGAGAGAUAUAGGAGAAGGAGAGCAAGACAGAGGGAGAGAUGACCCAAGAACAGUGCACUCAUAGGAACAAUGUCCAGAGCUCAGAGAAACCACACGUAUACAAAGUGGGAAUUUACGGCUGGCGGAAACGUUGCCUUUACUUCUUUGUGCUCCUGUUAAUGAUCCUGAUCCUGGUCAACCUCGCUUUAACCAUCUGGAUAGUAAAGGUCAUGAAUUUCACCAUAGAUGGUAUGGGCAAUUUAAGAAUAACAGAGAAGGGUCUGAAAUUGGAGGGGGACUCUGAGUUUCUCCAACCUCUGUAUGCCAAAGAAAUUCAGUCCAGACCAGGCAGCCCACUGUUCCUGCAAUCCUCCAAAAAUGUGUCCGUCAAUAUCCUAAAUGGAAAGAAUCAGCUGGUCACACAACUUAUUGCAGGAUCCAGUGGAGUUCGUGCACAAGGGAAGAUGUUGGAGGUGAAAUCCAGCACCGGGAAGCUACUGUUCUCUGCUGAUGACCAGGAGGUGGUGGUGGGAGCAGAGAGGCUACGGGUGACGGGUGCCGAGGGAGCCGUAUUCACCAACUCUGUGGAGACGCCACACGUCAGGGCCGAGCCCUUCAAAGAGCUACGCCUGGAGUCUCCCACUCGGUCUCUGUACAUGGAGGCCCCUAAAGGAAUCCAGAUCCUAGCAGAGGCAGGGGACAUCCAGGCCACAUGUAGAAGUGACCUACGCCUAGAGUCCAAAGAUGGAGAGAUCACUCUGGACGCGCGGAGGAUCAGGCUGCUGCGUCUGCCUGAGGGCAAGGCCUCUCCCUCGGGGACCACUACCAGACAGACUGUCUAUGAGGUGUGUGUCUGUCCCAACGGGAAACUCUUCCUAUCACAGGCCGGGACAGGCUCCACCUGCCAGAUCAGCAACAAUGUCUGCCUCUAGAACACACACAUGCACACACUAACACUGAAACACACACACACACACACUAACACUGAAACACACACACACACGCACACAUGCACACAUGCACACAUGCACACAUGCAUACAUGCAUACAUGCAUACAUGCAUACAUGCAUACAUACAUACAUACAUACAUACAUACAUACAUACAUACAUACAUACAUACAUACAUAUCAAAACACACACACACACACACACACACACACACACAUGCAGAACAUAUCAAAACACGCACUCACUGAAACAUACAUACAUACAUACAUACAUACAUACAUACAUACAUACAUACAUACAUACAUACAUACAUACAGUGGGGAGAACAAGUAUUUGAUACACUGCCGAUUUUGCAGGUUUUCCUACUUACAAAGCAUGUAGAGGUCUGUAAUCUGCAAUAAAAUGCAAAUGAAUUACUUAAAAAUCAUACAAUGUGAUUUUCUGGAUUUUUGUUUUAGAUUCCGUCUCUCGCAGUUGAACUGUACCUAUGAUACAAAUUACAGGCCUCUACAUUCUUUGUAAGUAGGAAAACCUGCAAAAUCGGCAGUGUAUCAAAUACUUGUUCUCCCCACUGUACGUACAUACAUACAUAUAUACAUACAUAUCGAAACACACGCACACUGAAACAAACAUCCACAUGUAUACUGAAACACACACAUGCAGUGAAACACAUAGACAAAUGCACACAACGCAACACAUAGAAAAAUGUAUCUACACAUACACAGAAACACACGCAAUCAUGCAUAUACAUUGACACUUAGGGGGUCUGUUCCUUCUAACAGCCUUUGACAGGAACUGAGAGGGAUCCUCCUGAGAUUUACAAAGAGACACUCGGAGUGACAAUGUUCUGUUCAAUGUCCUGAAGACAAUUUCAGUACCAGAAUCACUAGGGUGAUCACCCACAUUAGAAACCCUGCAAUAUCCUGCCAUUUCCCCAUCUCUCUGCAUCAUGCCACCUACCACACAUGUAGUGAUAGAAGGCUCAUUGCUAUUUUGUUCAAUGAUAAAAAUUUGAGCAGUUCUAAACUUUUGAAAUAUGAAGAGUGUAACAAUAGUGUUUUCUUUUGUGAAUUAUUUUGACUGUCAACAUGUCAGGCUUGGUUUCAUUUUCAUAUCAUGUCAAUUCAUGUCAACGUUGAUUUUUUUAAAUCAUGAAGAAAGCAAAAGCAGCACAGAUUUGAAACCUACACCACUAACAGAACAUUAGUAGUAGUAGUAAUAGUAAACAUUGCAUGGUGAUGGUCUUCACAGGUGGUCACCCUACCAAUUCCUUGUACUGGGAGUGACCCACUCUGUUCAAAGAGGGGAAACUGUGCCUGUGCCUUAUAUCAAUGCACUUGUGGCAAGGAGAAGCACAUCACGCAGACUUUCUUUUGUCAACAUUCGUUUUUCCUUUUGGUUCAAUCCUUUUUGUGUGUAGAGGAUGGGAAUGCAAAGAUAUCUCUGACUCACCCAACUGCAUGCAGCCACACCCUCUCUCUCUUUUUCUCCCUUCGUCUGUUUUCAGCGGUUUAAUGCCUUUGACGAGAAGAUCAGGGCUGACAUGUUGGUGAACACAUGGUUUUUGUUUUUGAAAUAUAAGCAAGAGCGUCAACUUUUUAUACCGUUUAUCUGUAAAUACACAUAAUCACAUCUGAGUGUGUCAAGGGCACAACCUCAUGAAAUGAAAAAUCUGCUCUUUUUCUAAAUUAAAGCUUUUAUAAUAUCAUGUGUUUUUCAAACAACAACAAAAAUAUUGAAUAAGUAAAUAUCUUGAUAUUCUACAGGUUAGCAUGUUUAGUAUACCAUGUUUGCCAGUUGGGAAAGGUUAUAUUGCUUUUUCUUUAUUUUGUGUAAACUUCUCACACACUGAGAUCAACAAUACAAUGAAACACUUGCCCAUUUUGUUUGGCAGUUGGGGGUGAGGUCUUUGCAUUCCUUGCGUGUGCCGUGUGGAAUUUGUUUUUUUUAUGUCUUCUAUCGACUGUGUAUUUGGCUUUACUUGUUUAAUGAUGCUCAGAGUUACAGACACACAAACCAAAAAGCAGAGUGGCCCCUACUAUGACAUAGUCAUCUUGUACGGUACUCAUUGAGUACUUGUCUUGUCCUUAGCUCCCAUACACUGCAAUCCUUCUGAGGUGAUCUGAAGUGAACAGUGUCUGUGUUCAAGUUCAUUAGAGAGCAAAAGGAUUUCCUAAAGUCCACUUUGCCUGGCAUCAACAUCUGCUUUUUUUACUCCAUUUGAAUGGGGCCGUUUGCCUCAUCUUGCACCACCUGUUAUUAGCUCAUCAUCCAUGCUGAAGAAAGCAAUACAGUCUUCAGGAGGGUUUUUACCGCAGGGUUUUUACAGCUCUGUCAAUGUUGUGGAGCAUUGUGCUACUGUAUAUUCAAGAGAUGUUAUGUUUUAUAUCGCCUCUGUAAAAUUAUAUAAAUAUAAUUUUUUUCUCAGCAUAAAAGCAUUUUAUUUAUUUAGAUUUCCGAUGUGCACACUGUAAAAUGCCACUGAGUAUUGUUGAGAGUAUAUAAUAAACUAAAUUGCAAGAUGACUGAACCAUUUCCCCAGGCACAUUGCAUUUAAUUUAGUCUGUUUUAUAGUUAUUAUUGUCUGAAAAGCAGAUCAGUUGUACUAAACUACAGCAUUCUUAUAUUUCAGUUUGGCACCAUCUAAAAGUUAUGAGACACACAUACUGUACAUACAGUGCCACAUCCCUUUCACAGUUGUCACAAUUUUUUGCCUUAAAAUGUAAUCUAACAAAGGAUUACAUUGGAUUUUUUUCCCUGCUGGUCUACAAACCCAGCUACUUCAAACGGAAAUAAAAAAUGUUGAACAUUUUACAAAUUAAUAAAAAACUAAAACUAAGAUGUCUUCAUACCUCAGAGUUAAUACUUGGUGGAAGAACCAUUAGCAGCUGCAACAUGCCAAAUAAAUGUACUUUUAGGCCUAAAUUAAAAACUUUAGGUUGGGUCAAAUCCAAUACAACACAAGAGUGCAACAAAGUACUGUGGUGGCAGCAUCAUGUUAAGGGCAUGCUUGCCACCAGCAGUGACUAGGGAGUUUGUCAGGAUCAAAAUAAAUAUGAAAGUCGCAAAAACCCAGGUAGAAAAAAACCUCAGUCUUCUAAAUACCUAACCCUGCGAUAGUUGUAUUUUUCAGCAGGACAAAAUGUCUUUCCAAGUUGUGUUGAGUGUUCCUGACUGGUGCAGUCAGUCCUGACUUAAAUCUGUUUGAAAAUCACAGAUAAGGUUUGAAUAUUGCUGUGCAUCAAUGAUUUCCAAUCAAAUUGACUGAGGUUGAGCAAAUUUGACAAAAUCAAUAGAUAUAUGUUGCCAUAAGAUAUAUGUUGUCAUAAGAUUUGCCAUAAGUUGGUAGAAUCUUAUUCAAAAUCAUUCACAGCUGUAAUGGCUAUCAGAGGUGCUUCCACCAAGUAUUAACUUGAGGUGUGAAGACACAAGCAAUCAAGACAUAUGAUUUUUUUUAUUGUAAUUAAUUUGGAAAAUGUUUUAUUUUUUCUUUCACUUUGAAAUUUUCAACAAGUUUGUAUAAAUCUGUCCAUUUUAUUUUUUAUCUCAAUUUAAUCUAUUUUUUAUUACAUUUUAAGGUUGCAAAUUGUGAUAACAUGCAAGGGAUGUGUAGACUUUCACUAGGAACUGUGCACAUGCACAGGCACGCAUGCACGCACGCGCACGCACACACACACACACACACACACACACACACACACACAGUGUACAAACAUGCGUGUGUCCAGUGCUAAUUGACUGAAUCAGAGGAGUGUAUCAACACCACCCAAAUUGACAUUGACUUUAAAUCCCAAUCACGCUCUAAUGCUUCAUUUACACAAUACAGAUUGAAUAGAGCCCUAAGUAUUUGCUAAGUGCCCAGUCACUAGUUGACUCUGCCACAGCCCCAAUAACAGACUAAGGAUCGUAAAUCAUUCAAAGCAGACCCAGUCCUCCAGUUCUCUCCUGUCCACUGCACACCUGAUAUGCUAACUAUCAGUUAUUGAAUAGUCUCUGGGUGUUUUUGUCAUUCCUUAUGUAAGGCCAUAAUUUCUUCAACAUCCUGAUCUCUUGACUAGGGCUUUCCAAGGUCAAGAUGGUAUUUUAUUAAUUUAGGAUAAUUGCAUGUAGUUUGAAUGAACAGUCAAACACUAGACAUUGCUUCUGGUUCUGGGUACACAAAUGAACAGCAAUUAAUAAUUCCUCUAAGACUAUUCUAAUAAGCCACAAAUGAAUCAUUGCCUUCGUUCAAGGCUGUCCUCUGAAACAAGUAUGUUAGCCCAUACUGAAUGAAGAUGUAGGAGCUCAGCUUAUAUGGGAUGUGGCUACUUUCCGAUCAGAUUUUCCUAAAGGGCUUUAUCAAAUAUAUUUUAUACAUAUCUUCAGAGGGAUUAUCUGACAUGCAUGACUUCAUAUGGAUUAUUUUGGACCGUUUACAUGAUUUGUGAAAUACUUCCCCUGUGAAUAUGGUAAUAAAAAAAGCAAACCCUCAAAAUGAAACCCUGCCAAUAGAACCAAACACACAAAAGUCUCAAAAGGGUCUAUGAAUUGACUGUUUUGAUUGAUUGUCUGGCAGUGGUUAUUUUAUAGACUGAGAGUGACAGAUGGCUUCGAACAUAGAUAGACUUUCUCUGUUAUGAUGGGGACAUAGUUAUACUGUAUGUUCAAUGGGCUAACCGCCAGUGGCUCCAGACACAUAAUUAUAAAUAUAUCAGAGCUAUCAUUUUACAAGACAUAUUGUUUUGAUCUUGUGUGCUAGCUACAGUAUGUGUUGUCUCUCACACCUCUCCAGUUGAACAAGGUCUAUUGAGUGCAUUGUUUAUAAAAUUCUAAUUUACUUUUAAUUCAUUAAAAUGGGUGUAAACACUACAUGAUUGAAGGACAUAUAUUUUGUAAGUUUUGAGAAAUUGUGCAUUCUUGUGUAAUUUGUUUACUUCUUAGCUUCACAAAAAUGUGUUACACCAUGUGUCGAUGCGAUUUUGAAGAGCAUGUGAAAGGAACACAAAAUGUUGAUGAGGACAAAUGUUGAAAAGAAAACAACACUCACAAUCAAUCACAUUUUCGUUUCGCACCUUGCUUUUGAGUUUGGCAUGAUGGGCCAUUCUCCCAUCUGUUUGAAAAUAGUGUAAAUACAGAUAUUCAUUUGGAAUGUUAUCUCUGUUAUUAAUCCAGAAGUAAAAUCUUGCGUAAUAUGGUCAGCGUGAUUAACUUCUGUGUUCAUGCAUAUUAGAAAUGGAAAGUUCCGCCAAAGACUAUGUCUCCACUCUUGCAAAAGGACCCCCCUUCCAAUCCGUGUGGGCACAUGCGCGAACCACUCAAGGCGAAGCAGUUUGAUCAUUGCCUUCGCCAAAUCCUGAUACGUCCAAAUAACCAGUGACAAAACCCCAAAAAGCCUGAACUAAUGCUGCUCGUUAUCUCACGCAUCCCAUUUAGUCCCGGCAGAUUCUUCAGUCUACAUGCAGAAUCUGCCCACGGGAGAUUAUUUGGAAAGGGACAUCGGUUACCUGUCUUCCCUUCAAUCAAAAGUUCAUAUUGUUUCAUAUUUCAAGAUGCUGAUCUGAUAUAUCGCUUUGUGAAAGCUAUGUCAUCCAUGUUGUGGUAUGACAUUAAUUUAGUUCACAUACAUUUAUUUAGAAAAUCUAAUUUAAAUUUUACAUUUCAAAAUGGUGGGUUGACACAUUUUUGCUAAAAUGGAGAAAUCUUUUUUUUUUUUACCGUGAUGUAAAUGAAGAAGAUCCUUGCACAUUCUAUGCAAAACAAAUGGAUAUAGACAUCAUUGUAAUAAUGCGAAGAUGUAUGUCAGUUAACUAUCUUAAUUUUAUUUAUGUAUACAGUUUGUAUUUAUGAAUUGAGCUGCAAUCUAAACUGUAUCAAUAAACUUAUUUUAAAAAUAGUA